CAGUAGAAUCCUUUAAAACUGAGAAAUCAGUUAACUUUUCAGACUAGAGGAGGAUGUUGAAGAGCUUUGUGUCUUUCGUUUUCUUUACUAACCAUGCACCUGUUUUCCAGAUAUCUGAGAGUGAUGUCUGUGAAACAGUGGUACUCUUUCCUAGACAUUAUAGUAGAAAGGAAUUGUGUCAUUUGUGUACUGUCUGUGUCACUACUCAGUGGGGCAUAAUUAGCAAAUAGAUUUUAAAUUUUGGUAGCUCAACCUUUAGGUUGCUUCCCUUGUGGGCCUCCAACUGUGGGGAUGUGCCUCUUUCUUAAGGACUUGGGAAUUUGACCCUUUGACAUAAAUCCUUGGGAAUUUGACCCUUUGAUAUGGAGUAGAUGGCCUUCCUGACUCUUUCAUGCGAGGCCCUUCAUGUGCAGUUACCAUUAUUAGCUGCUUCUGCUCCUCAAGGAAUGAGUUUUUCUUAGAUAAGCCUGGUCAGGGACAUGAUGGUGUUUCUAGUAUGAGUCCAGAGUUGGAAUAGGCCAUAAUAGGGAUAGGACCAGGCUAUACCAUUUUGAUUCUUCAGUGGUUACUGUUAUAACUUCUCAGAGUGAAAGUAAGUAACACUUAUUUUUUUCUUUUCCUUCCUUAGAAGACAAAAAACACUAAUGCAUUUGAGAAAGUGGUAAAGUUUGGGGGGAGGGAAAAAAACUGCUUUCCUGAUCUGCAACUUGGCUGGAUGCUAAGAUGUCUGUGGACAUGAAUAGCCAGGGGUCUGACAGCAAUGAAGAGGACUAUGACCCAAAUUGUGAGGAGGAAGAAGAGGAUGAGGACCCUGGGGACAUAGAGGACUAUUACGUGGGAGUAGCCAGCGAUGUGGAGCAGCAGGGGGCCGACGCCUUUGAUCCUGAGGAGUACCAGUUCACCUGUUUGACCUACAAGGAGUCGGAGGGUGCCCUCAAUGAGCACAUGACCAGCUUAGCCUCUGUCCUGAAGGCCGUUGAUGCUCACUGCCAUCAGCUGCAUCCUCCCUAUGGCACUGGUAUCUCAUUCAGUUGCUAAACUUAUAUUAGUUAAUUUCCACUGGCAAGUUGCAGAGAUAUUGGACAGAUACAAGUCUAAUUCUGCUCAGCUGCUCGUUGAGGCUCGAGUUCAGCCCAGUCCCUCGAAACAUGUUCCCACGGCCCACCCCCCUCACCACUGCGCAGUGUGUAUGCAGUUUGUGCGGAAGGAAAACCUACUUUCCCUGGCCUGUCAGCACCAGUUUUGCCGUAGCUGCUGGGAGCAGCACUGCUCAGUACUUGUCAAGGACGGCGUGGGUGUGGGAGUCUCUUGCAUGGCUCAGGACUGCCCACUCCGAACACCAGAGGACUUCGUGUUUCCAUUGCUGCCCAAUGAAGAAUUGAGAGACAAAUACAGGCGCUACCUCUUUAGGGACUAUGUGGAGAGUCAUUACCAGCUCCAGCUGUGCCCUGGUGCAGACUGCCCCAUGGUUAUUCGGGUACAGGAGCCUAGAGCUCGCCGAGUACAGUGCAAUCGGUGCAACGAGGUGUUCUGUUUCAAGUGUCGUCAGAUGUAUCACGCCCCCACAGACUGCGCCACAAUCCGGAAAUGGCUCACGAAGUGUGCAGACGACUCUGAAACAGCCAACUACAUUAGUGCUCACACUAAAGACUGUCCCAAGUGCAACAUCUGCAUUGAGAAGAAUGGAGGCUGCAAUCACAUGCAAUGCUCCAAGUGUAAACACGACUUCUGCUGGAUGUGUCUAGGAGAUUGGAAGACCCAUGGCAGCGAGUACUACGAGUGCAGUCGGUACAAGGAGAACCCCGACAUUGUCAACCAGAGCCAACAAGCACAGGCCAGGGAGGCCCUCAAGAAGUACUUGUUCUACUUUGAGAGGUGGGAAAACCACAACAAGAGCUUGCAGCUGGAGGCACAGACAUAUCAGCGGAUUCAUGAAAAGAUUCAGGAGAGAGUCAUGAAUAAUCUGGGGACGUGGAUCGACUGGCAGUACCUACAGAAUGCUGCCAAGCUCUUGGCCAAGUGCCGGUACACCCUGCAGUACACUUACCCGUACGCCUACUACAUGGAGUCUGGACCCAGGAAGAAGCUGUUUGAAUACCAGCAGGCUCAGCUGGAGGCUGAGAUCGAAAACCUGUCGUGGAAAGUGGAGCGUGCAGACAGCUAUGACAGAGGGGACUUAGAGAACCAGAUGCACAUAGCAGAGCAGCGGAGGAGAACCCUGCUGAAGGAUUUCCAUGACACCUAGAUUGUGACACAGACGCGCUGGAGUGAGGAGGAUGUGGCCGCGAGGCCUCCCGGCUGCGGAACUGCAUGCUGCAGGCUCUGCCUUUCACCACCUCAGGCAACAGCCAGGGCCCCACUCCUGACAGACACCGGCCACGCACCUGUUAGUCCAUUUCUGUUUUCUUCUCAUCUUUUCGCUUUUUGUUUCUACCAGGGUAGAGGCCAUGUUGAAUUGGUCUCUUUUCAGGACUUUUAAUUCCCCCUGGAUGGUUGUUGGGAGGGAGGGAAAGUUUUUUCUGAAUGACUAUUAAUAGUAUUAGAUCAUUACAACUUAUGUAAUUUUCAAAGGUUGUAUAAUUAUACAAAAAAAAAAAGGGCAAACCAUAGAAUUACACAGAACCCUUUUUAAAAAUAAAUUGGCAUUGGAGUGUUUU